GUCACCGUAUUGGACUUGGGGUCGGGGAUAUUCUCAUCUUCUUCUCAUAAAGAGGGGAUCGGUCGAAGAACGUCCACCCAAUUUUCGCUUAAACCAUUGAAGAAUCGUUCCAUGGCGAUGGCGGCGCUUCGACACGGGGCCAGGAGGCUUGCUUGCCAGCGACCGCCGGCGAUAUUUAGGGCGGCCGUUGCGGACGAGCAACGGCGGCUCAUCCACGUCGGUCCGCCUGCAGUGGGCCGCACCUUCUCUCUGGCGGAGGAGCAACGACGGCUGUCGCCGAGGCUAAUCCAUGGGGGUAGGUCUACAGUAGGGCGGACCUAUGCCCGCCCGCUGCGCUCAAACCAUCGUGGUAAACCUAAGCCAAGCACUUACCAGGAAAGGUUGACGGCAUAUGUCAAGCUUGCUGAGCUUGUUAAGGACGCUUUGAUGGAAGUCCUUAAACUUUCAUGUUUUGCUCUUGCUGGUUUACUAUUAUGGAAUGACUUGAAAGGGCCUCGCCAUGUUCCUCGGAUAACUCGAAUACUGCUAGAGUCCGGCCCUCCUGAAGAGCUGCGAGCUGGAGGUGGAAAAAAGAGUGACGCUGGGUCCAAGUCUUCCUGAAGAUCUGGAGCGGAUCUGUUGACCACUAUAUGUCCGCCAUUGACUUAGCCUAUCUUAUAUUUUUGUAGUACUCCUAGUUUCUACUUUCUACUAUGCUGCUGCUGGUUUGUCGACGAAUCAUCUUAUACUAGCAAAAUACCUGCACGUUGCCGCGGAAUAAUAAGAAAACAAGUAGGUCUUCACCAGCUCGUUAA